AAUUAGAGUUGGAAUUAGAGGAAGAAGAUAUAACUGAACCAAUAUAUACUACUAUUCAAGUUGGUAACAAUUUUACACAACUGGAGGACCAACUUAUAGCCAAUAUCAAAAUAGAGAAUAUUAAUAAUCCUCUCCAAUAUCAACCAGAUAAUAUAUUUAGACUUAUACAACCAGAAAUAAAGAAAAUAAAAGAAAAAACAUAUUAUAAAAAAAAUGAAACAUUCCAAGAAGCUCUCUUAAAAAGAUCAUUUGAAAUUGAAGAUGUUUUAUUAAAACAACAAGAAAAAGCUUUAGAAAAUAUUCAAGAAGCACAGAAAGUACAAAAAGAAUACUAUGACAAAAAUAUUAAACAUGAUAAAUUAAAAGUUGCAUAUGCAGAGACUGAUAUUGAGCAAAAUGAUGAUAUCGAGGUUGAAAACUCUAAUGAACCAUACCAAAUAAGAGAUAAACCAGAAGAAAGAGGAUCUGUAAAUGAAGUAUUUCUUAACAACGAUGAAGAAUCUAACGAAUGCAAAGAUAUCAUCAACAAAAUUAGCAGAUUAAGUUCAAGAGAAGAAGAUAGAAUUCCCUGUCUUGAAGCCACAUAUUAUUUGGGAGAACUUUUUGAAAAAAAUAAAGAUAAUUAUCAUAUUUCAGAAGAAUUUAAGAAAAUACUAAGGGGGAAGUUUGGACAAAUUAGAGUGAUGAGAAUAACAACUCAAGCCAAACGAGUUUUUGCGCUAUAUCAAAAAUAUAGCUUGAAAAACCUGUAUGAUUCAUUGGAAACAUAUGCUAUGACUAUUGAAAGAUUGUCAUUAAGUCAAUUUGAAGAACUUAUGCAAUA